CACCCUUGCUUAUUCAUACCUAUAGAACUUAGAAGACUGGAGACACACACACACACACACACACACACCCCCUUGCUUAUUCAUACCUAUAGAACUUAGAAGACUGGACACACAGACACACACACACACACACACCCUUGCUUAUUCAUACCUAUAGAACUUAGAAGACUGGACACACACACAGACUUACACAUCCAGAUUUACACGCAACAUGGAAAGUGUUGGGAUGCUGCCAAGUGGAAUGUCGAUCUGCUCCUCCGUCCCUGAUCUUCUCUUCCUACCUGAACUUGUAUUCGGUGCUGCAGUGUGGAUUUUAGUGGCAUGUACUAAAGUGGUUCCUGCCAACCCUCAGGCGUACGUCCUGGCCGUAUCUUUGUUCUGCUUCAUCACAACCUUCAUCUGGAUGAUGAUGUUCCUGUGUGGUGUUCAUCACAACCAAAUCUCCUGGGCCACUGCAGACCUGGUGUAUCACUGUACAGCUGCUCUCCUGUAUCUCAGCUCCUCAGUGCUCCUUGCGUACGUCACAUCUGUUAUCAGCCCCUUCAAUCAGGUCAACUUCACUCCCUACAAACUCAAUGUCUCUGCAGUGGUGUUCUCCUUCUGGACGACACUGCAGUACAUUGUACACGGUGCUUUUUCAGCCAUCAGAUGGAAAUCUUUUUAAAAUACAGAUGAUUCAGGACUCUGUGUGUGUGUCUGUCUGUGUGUGUGUGUAUGUCUGUGUGUGUGCACGUAUGUCUCUGUGUGUGUGUGUGUGUAUGUCUGUGUGUGUGUCUGUGUGUGUGCGCGUAUGUCUCUGUGUGUGCGCGUGUGUCUGUGUGUGUGUGUGUGUGCGCGUGUCUGUGUGUGUGUGUGUUUGCGUAUGUCUGUGUGUGUUUGUGUGUGCAUGCAAAACAGUCUUGAUUUAAUAUUUGUAUUUUGAUUACUUGAUGUAUAUGAUUAUAAUAUAAAGAGCAUUGUGUUCAAUCUGUGAUAUGUCUUUCAUCACAAACUCACUCACACACACACACACACACACACA